UUCCGCGGAGAUGAGGAGUUUCCUGUCCUACGGAGCACACGACAGGAUGAUCGAGGGUUCCUUUCCGACGGCACAAAAAUUUGCUUGUUGCUGCUACGUGAUUGCUGCAUUUUACUCGCACGGAUCCGCCGUGGAUUUUAUUUUUUCUCACACGACUCGGGAUCUUUUUCAGUAAAUAUUUCAAGGCAAUAGCUGCCUGAACAAGAGCACAAAUAGCCAAAUGAACGGCGCAACAUUCCCCUCUCCCAUUGCCGAGAUGGCAGAAAUUAACCGCAUCCACUACGACCUGGAGUACACGGAGGGGAUCAGUCAAAGGAUGCGCAUACCUGAGAUGCUUAAAGUGGCCCCACAAGGCCAGGAGGACUCCAGUGUCAACCCGCAGCAGCUUCCUCACAGUGUUACAAUGCAGGUCCCGGAAAGAAUUGUUGUCUCAGGAGACAGCGAUGACAACCAGUUUUCAAGACCGAGAGACCUGGAUUUAAUCCAGUCAACGCCAUUAGAGGCCUUGUCCCUAAAAACGCCUCCAAGAGUACUCACACUCAGUGAGCGGCCUCUUGACUUCCUGGAGGAGGAUCACAGAGCAGCUCCAGAAAGUGAGGCCACGCUGCGGCCCCAAGGGCGAUCUAGACGAGAACGCUCCGCUAGUGAGAAUGCAGCCGUCCGUCACAGCAGUCAACUGAUGCAUAACGAUUCAGCUGCAACAGCCUCCCCCCCAGCCACUCUUCACUUCCCUUCCCCUCCCACUGUGGCUGAAGAAGAACACAACUUGUACAGCGCUAGUGGCGUUUUAUCUUUCCUCCAGUCCACUACACGUCGGGCCUACCAGCAGGUCCUUGAGGUCUUGGAUGAAAACCCUCGCAGAAAACCAUCACUGCGAGGGGGGUCAGCUUCGAGCUCCAACCCCCUGCAUGAAUCCAGGCUUGCAUUAGCAACAUAUGAAGGCUCUCUGGAUGGAGGAUCCGACGACAUGACAGUUGUAGAUGCAGCAACACUUCGACGACAGGUUGGGUCUUCGCUACAACAUUCUUAUCAAGUUGAAUCGACGUCUCCAGCUCCUGGAAGAGGAGAAUAAGGAGCGAGCAAAACGGGAGAUGAUCCUGUACUCCAUCACUGUCGCGUUCUGGCUCGUCAACACUUGGGUGUGGUUGAAACGUUAAAGUACAUUCAGUAUUACUGGCAUAACUCAAUAUAUCCCUAUGCUGUGUGUGACAUUUUACACUUGCUGAGAUCUGAGCAAGACCAUAGCCUAUUGCACAAUGCACUUGUGUUUUGUUUGGUUUAUUUAAUAUAUGUACAGUUUUUUGUACGUUUUUGUUUGUUUUCUGCUUUGCCAUAUUUUGUUUUUAAAUACAAAUGUUGAGCAACCAUAAGCAUGACUUGUAAAUAUAUAUAUAUAUCGUUUUAGGAAGCAAUGCCAUAUUUUGUUUUAAAUAGAAAUGUGAAAGAGAGCUAGACAGAACUUGUAAAUAUGUAUUGCUUUAGAAAGGAAUUAAUAAAAUACAUCUUGAGUUUACCAAAUGAAAUAUGAACCUAUAAUGUGUGUCUAAUUAGGUUACAUAUACUGUAUAUUUUAGAGUAUUAUAGUGAAUGUUAAGAGUCAACACACUCCCUUGCAAAUGUCUUCUUUUUGUGAUAGUCCCAUGAAAAAAAUAUUGGUCCCCUUCUCAAUCUUUUUUUAAUAGGUUUUCAAGCAUGAAUGGCCUUUUUAAGGUCAUGCCACCGGAUUUUGACAAGGCUGCUCAAAAAACUUUUUUUUAAGCCGUUCGGAAUUGCUGUGUUUUGGCUUGUUCUCAUGCAGCCGAACCCAAGCGCGCUUAAGCUUGAGGUCAAAAACUGAUGGCUGAGCUCUGCUUCUGCUUCUGAAUUACUUGGAUAAAGAGCAGAAUCCAUGGUUCCAUCAAUCACAGAAAGUUGUUUAAGCCCCAAGAACCAAAUAAGCCCAAGA